AUAUGUAUCUGUCUCUCACCCUCGCACCCAGCCAUGUCCACGCAGCCUCCUUCUUCCCUCCCUGAAUACAGUCUCUCAGCCCUUCCCAUACCGCGGUCUGUCAAGGUUGCUUUGGAAGAAGCAGGCUAUCGCACAACGCGUGAUAUCGAACUCAUGUCGGCCGAAGACUUGUCUGUCGAGCUAGCAAUAUCGACGUCCGAAGCAAAAUUCACACUGCAACAGGCAGAGGAAUGGCAAGGUCGGACCACACAUGGUGGAAUAGGGGGUAUGACCUCCCAGACAUCGCAAGCCCAUAUCCAGUCCGCAACAGCUGCCGAUCUUUUGUCAACCGCUACCCAACCUCAUUUUUCCACAUUUUCUGCUUCUCUCGAUGGCCUGAUUGGGAGAUUUGGCCUUUCAAUUUCCUCGGAAGCGGGGUCUUCUUGUAAAGGGAAAGAGAGAUUGCACACAGGCUCAAUAGUUCCUGGAAUGGUUGUUGAGAUAUCGGGACCACCUGGAGGAGGUAAAUCUGCCAUUGCUCUGGCGGUGGCACUGAGUGCCCGUGAAUCUGGCCAGAAAGAGACGGAACUGAACGGUCACUCGGAAGGAAAAGCGCACUCGGAAUCUGGGGAAGUUUUGAUCAUAGAUACGGAGGGCGCCAUGACUGCAGAGAGGUUGUACGAGGCCGCCUGGGCCGUUGUAGAAGAGGACAAACGACUGCCACAUGACGUGUUGCAAGGGAUCCAUCUUUUGCGGGUAUCCACGCAACAUGAGAUGUUGGCGCUUUUGCAUACCCUGGACGAAUGGUUGGAAUCACAUCCGAAGGUCAAUCUUGUCAUCGUAGAUACCCUGAGCUUCCACUUCAGACAGCUCAGUCUGGACAUCGCUGCGAAACGUCGGGCCAUGGAAUUAUCAAGAACAAUUAUAAGCAAAGCUGCUAUGGUGCAUCACUGCGCAGUGAUAGUAUGUAAUCAACUAGCGACAAAGCUCUUGAAUGCCGAGAACAAGCCCGCGAAUUUCGAUACGGGCGAUCGAGCCAUUCUCAUGCCUCAGCUCAGUUAGUCUUUAUGGAUUGGGCGCUUACGUGCUCAUGUCGCUUCGCAGGUGACUCGUGGGCUACAUCAAAAGCGCUGCGACUGGUCGUGUUUCGUGGAGGUGUCAGUGACGAGAUGCGGUAUGUAUAUGCCUCAAUGUCCGGAUCAAGCAAAACAGUGCCGUACGCUGCUUUCGAUAUCGACUCCAACGGUUUGCCCUGUGAUGUACCGGAAAUGCUCUAUCCAACAGCAUAGCACCAUUUAUAAUAUGUUUGAUAGCGUA